GAGUGAACUUUCCCUUUAAGUAUUUUCACAGAGGUUGUGCUGUUCCGGCUGAUGGCUGCUGUAUCUCAGCUAAACAGCAGAGGCGGUGAGGAGACUCGUUGAGCCUGAGAGUGACUCUCACACUGAGACUCUACUGCUGCUACAAAAUGGCGGCUGGUAGUGAAGCUGUUAGCGGCAAUAGCCGCGGCUCCAGCGCUGUUCUCGAGUCCUCCUUAGACCGGCGUUUCCAAGGCGUUUCAAACACAAUGGAGUCCAUUCAAGGAUUAUCCACUUGGUGCAUCGAGAACAAGAAAUAUCACAGUGUAAUCGUGCGCUCCUGGCUGAAGUGGAUGCGAAAAUCGGACCCUUCUCACAGACUCAAUCUCUUCUACCUGGCCAAUGAUGUCAUUCAGAACUGCAAGAGGAGAAAUGCUAUCGUCUACCGCACCACCUUCACUGAUGUUCUGCCUGAGGCUAUUAAGCUCAUCAGUACCGUCAAAGACUCCAAGGUGCGGAAAUCGGUGGACAGGAUCCUGUCCAUCUGGGAAGAGAGAAAUGUUUAUACAGAGGACCUUAUUGUCCAGCUUAAAGGUGGUCUCAUCCAGCAAGAAGAACCACCAGCUCCCGUGAACCCAAAAGCUGCACUAAGAUCCAAGAUAGUUGCUGAGUUUUUGCCCUCGGGGUUCAUCGAGCAUCUCACCAAGUACAGGAACUCCAUGGAUGAGAUUGAGCUAAGGGAGAAGCAGUUAGCUGCAAUGAGAGUGGAUGUCUGCAGCACAGUAGCUCUGAAGAAACUCAAAGAUAAAGCAGGCGGCAAACGGUUUUCUAAAGAUUUUGAAGAUGGUAGUGCGAAACUGCAGGACUUUGUAGCCUUUCUGGAUGGAGAGGUAAAAAAAGGACCUGCUCUGAUUGAGGCUUUGGAGAACGCUGACAUUUUCUAUGAGAUGCAGUACAAAGAGGUCAAGAUUGUUACCACUGCUUAUCAGACUUUCGCCAACCGAGUGUUACAUCUCAAGAAGAAACUGGAUGCACUCAAAGCUUCUUUACCUGACCCCGAUGACUCGCCAAUCCCUUCCCCCUCAGAGGAUGCUCCAUCGCCUACGGGUUCUGAGUCACCCUUCCGUGGCUUAACGCGCAUUGGUACUCCAGACCCAGAGCUGGACGGUCAGGCCUUGGAUGAGGACCUGAUCGCUAUAGGUGAUGCUCCUAGUCCACUCUCUUCCCCUGGGGACAAAGACAACCGUGACGUAGAAGACAUGGACCUUUCAGAUGUUGAGGAGUUAGUGGCACCCUCCAUCAUAGUUGAGGAAAGAACAGAGCAUCCUGGUCCUGCCAGUGUGUCCAAUCAGACCUUGACCUUGAGUGUCACUGAACCAUCUCAAACCAGUCAGGCUGCACCAGAGAACGAAACUACAACCCCAGCAGCAACCACAACCCCAACAACAGGGUCCCUUCCAAUUAACCUGGCUGGUGUGGAUUUGGGCAAAAUCAGCUCUAUUAUUAGCACACUCACAAAUGUCAUGAAGAAUACUGGCACAAGCCCAACAUUUCGCUCAUCCACCAGUAAUUCAAGCACCGUUUCUUCGACAAGUUCAACACUGAAGAGCCCCACGGCCUCUUCCUCACCAGCUGUUCCUGCGUCUAACUCGCUGGCCAAAAUACUAUCCAGGGUGGACAUCAACCCUGGCACACUGCUGAAUGUCCUGUCUAAAACUCAAGCACAAGGGAUUGGCCUUCAGGGACUGUCUUCCUUCCUGAGCAAUCAAACCGCAGCAAAUUCAACUCCUUCAGGCCAACAUUUGGACCCACCCAUAGAUUCCACUCACAAAGCCCAUGCCUCUCCCAUUGCCAAUCCAGUGCCACCUGCUCCUACAGUGGUGAGAGGCUCUACCCCUCAAAGGGCUGUGACUCUCCAGUCUUCUCAAUCUCCCAACACUAUUCAGACCAGGGAGCUUCAGAAGGAAGCAGAGGAAGACAAAGAAGAGCCAGUUGUUUCUGUCAACUCUACACUGGACUCCAAAAUUGAUGGUUUCCUUCAGGGGAAUCCAGGGUUGAGAGGCUUAAACAUGGGUUUCCCACCUGUUCUUCCUUGGACUAAAGCUGUUGAUAGUCCUUCAGCGAGCACAGAAAACCUAGGGGGAACUCCUGUGAGGGAUGAAUCUGGUGCAACACCAACUCAAGAUGAGGUCAUGGAUGAGCCUGCAGUACAACCAUUCUUGUUUCAAGGAAGACCUCAGCAAACAGCUUCAGCAACAGCUGCUUCUGCACCCGCAGGGGUCAGUGGACCGCCAAUGUCCACUUAUGCUAACGAUUCCUGGCAAGAGCAGAACAAGCACGUUUUGCCCUUUGGUCCUGGGUCACAGCAUUGCGGAAAUCGCUACCAGAGGGACUUUACAGUAAAACAGGACUUCCCAAGUUCAGGCCUGCCUCUUAUAGAAGCAGGGCACCCUCAGCAAUCCUUGGUAUCGUCGUCAAUGGCGGACAGGAAUCAGAAUUCUAAUAAAAACAAUGAGACCCUGGAGCGAAUUGGUCUGGGAACACCAUUCUCCAAUAUUGGAGCAGACAAUGCUAGCUUGGCAAAUGAUGGCUGGUAUCGUGACGCGCGUGAACACGAUCAAGAUCAGCGUGCCGGUGCCAACCCUGACUCCUAUAAAUUAAACCAGCACCAGUCUGAAGAACAUAGACAUGAUACCAACCCUCCAAAUUUCUUCAACACCCCAUUACCACCCCCUCCACCAAUCCCCCAGCUUCCACCUCCUCCUCAAGACUUUCUCCCUCCCGUGGUGGGAGGAGUGAAAAAUUCUGAGCUGAAAAAUAUCACAGACAAUUUACAUCCUGGUGGCGAUGUCCCGGCGUUUCUCUCGACAAAUCCUAUUUCUCAUGCUGAUUACGAUGAGCGUCUCCUCAAUCGAAUUCCGGCCAAAGAGACUUUCCAUCCGCAUCUGAACGCGCCAGGGCCACGACAUUGUGCUGUUGCACCACAUCCUGUCCGUCUGGGCCCCCAGAACGGCCCUUUGGACUUUAACCAUCGUCCCAGACUCCCUGUACACAAUGCGCACCACCCUGGUAUGCCCCGUCCAAGUCCGCCGCCUAAUGUACGGGGGUUCCACGAGGCUCUUAGUCCUUCACAUGCUCCAUCUGAGGAUGCCUAUUUGGACCCACACUGUGAUGCGCCCCCUCGCAGCCCUUCUCCUCCUCCUUACAACGUUGAGCACCCCGUCACGCCUCAUACACGCACGUUUUAUCCCGAAGAGAGAGCUUUACCACUGCACCAUCCAGAACCUAGAUUACGUCCUCGGCUCGAGCACAGGGCUCCUCCACCGCAUCACUUUCGUCCUCCAAGGCCUGGUCACUACCCACCACAGAGACCUCUCCGUCGUCCUCCGCCGCCACAUAUCCCUCAUCCCAGCGAGCCACCAUUCCAGAGAGGGAAGAGACACGGUCCUCCUUUUGGAGGGCCUUUAAGACCGCCGGGUCCAUUUUUCCCUCCGAAAAGACCUUUCCUGCCACCACGGUACUGAACUUUUAACACAGCCAAACACUAGAGUGCAGGAUUUACGUGCUGAUAACCACGCAACGCCGAUCUUCUACUAGGCUUCAUUAGAUUACACCUUGAAACUCGACCCUGACAGUCAGUACAUGUACGAAAAACACAGUGGUGUCAUGCAGCUCGAGGGUCUGUGCGCUGUGUUUAAAAUUACGGAAAGGGCUUCAAUCUCUGUGUGGGCUAUGAAGGGGAGCGGCUGUGCCGUCGUGUAACGAGACCCAAGUCUGCGAGAGAAUGAGGGGAAAGAAAAGAUGACUGAAGUAGAAGAAUGAAGAGUCACUACAGGAAUCCUGGAGAAUAGACGGAUCAUGCAAGUGGAGCAGCCAAGAAAUUGCAAGAUAAAGAGAAAAUGAGGUGGUUAUACUUUUUAUUUGAUUGUUCUUUACCGUUUAUUUUUAUUCAAAGUUCUAAGGCAACAUUCAGAAUGCUUUGAUUCUAGUCAUCCACCCUUCUUUCCUGUAAAAAGUGUGCGUGUGUGUGUGUGAGCAUGAAUGUUUGCCUGUCUUUGGGUUUGUACCUGAACAGGUGUAUCUGUCUGUUUAAACCAGAGAUUCACACCCCCUGGUCCUGGAGGGCAGUUUGCUCUUUUCCCUGCACAGACACAGCUGCUCCAUUUCAUCAGUUACUUACAGGGUAACUAAGUAGGCAGGGAAAUUGUUAAACUGUUUUUGUUUUUAAGAUCUCCAGGGUGGAAAGUGUGCAGUUCUGGUUUAAACUAUUUGCAUUAAAAGAAAAAAAAAAAAAAAAAAGCUUAACUGUGAUUUCCUGCUCAAAUCCACUUCACUAGCUCAUGUAUGUGAGUUAAAACUGGAUGUACAGUUGCUCUUAGUAGACUGAUUUCUACUUUUACAGGGAAACUGUAAUCCAUUAAGUCUAAAGCUAAUCCCUUUGAGAUCUGACACGUGUUCCAGGUCAGUGUUAUCGUUUGAGUGCGUCAUUUACCGCCUUUCAGGUUUUUGAUCGCUUUUCAUGGAGCGUUGCGGAAAUACUAAUCGAGCCAGGAAUGUCUUUGUGUGUGUGUGUGUGUUUUGUGUGUGUGUUUUGGUGGGGAGGGUGGGAUGGUAGUUUGGGAAGUUCAAGGAAUAAUCAAGCUUUCUACACUGACUGAAGAUGCUGAAGAGAAGGAGUUAUUCUGUCGUGCGGCCUGAAUUAACAUUCCCCACCCCAACCCCCCCUCCAGUUCCUCAAGAGUCAUCACUGUACUUGACUUAAAUAAAAGUGUUUGGAAUUAAAAA